AUGCGCUCCUUGAGGAACGGGCUGAUGAGGAAUGGGCUGAAGCAGGACGCGAAGGAGAAGGGCAAGGCGAUAGACUGGGCGACUUAUCCAGACGAGCCACCAGCCUAUACCCCCACAGCAGAGACUCAGGAAACCAUUGCCGAUUCCUCACCCUACGCCUUUUUGAGUGAUUUCGAUACCAUCCUUCUCGUCGACGACAGCGGAAGCAUGAGUGGCUCACGAUGGGCCGAGACCAGAGAAGCACUUUCAGCUAUAGCCCCAAUAUGCGCCGAGUAUGACGAAGAUGGCUUUGAUAUAUACUUCUUAAACCACAAAAAUUGGAGCAAUCCAACCGGAGCAUAUGCGAACAUCACAACAUCAGAGGCUGUUGGACUUAUCUUUAGUCGGGUUACGCCGAGCGGACGAACCCCGACCGGAGGCCGACUGCACGACAUUCUCAAUCCGUACGUAGAUCAAGUCCGAUACAGGUCGGCAGGGGGUCCUAGGGGUGUGAGCAAGCCACCUGUUAAACCGAUUAACGUCAUCGUGAUCACGGACGGCAUCCCAACUGAUGAUGUGGAACCGGUGUUGAUCAGUGUAGCAAGGCGACUGGACGAAUGCAAUGCGAAGCCGUGGCAGGUAGGAAUUCAAUUUGUACAAGUUGGCAACGAUCGAUCUGCUGCAAGGUGGUUGGAGAGUCUUGAUGAUACCCUGCACAAAAACAACCAUGUGCGGGACAUAGUUGAUACAGCGCCAUGGAGUGGCGCAGUGCUGUCAUCUAACACCAUUUUGAAGAUCAUGCUCGGCGGGGUGGACAGGAGAUACGACCGACAAACUGUUUCCAGAGUGGGACGCAGAUAG